GACCACCUAGAAAGCGAUGUAGCCAUCUAAUCCCUGUCUAAGGUGAUAGGAGUUCAAACGUGCGGCUGGUGGAUAUGUUGCUGCUCCGCUUGCAUUCUUCCGCUGCUCUACGUGCGUCUAGGGUUCUUCCUCCGUUGCUACAGCGCAGUGUGCCACAUACUGGGUCUUGUGUAUCGUUCAGUACUAGUCAAAGUGCCAGUGACGGCUCCCAGCCACCUGUACACGUCCCCGUAUUGCUACAGGAGACUGUUGCUGCCUUAUCUCGGAAUGUUUCCGACGAUUCCAAGCCGCAUUACUUCGUGGACGGCACUGCAGGCUUUGGAGGCCACUCGAGAGCCAUUUUGCAACGCUUUCCUGAAGCUAAACUGCUCUGUAUUGACCGCGACCCCGAAGUUUUGAGCAUCGCAAAAGCCAAUUUGGCCGAAUUCCAUGGCCGCGUAAUCUUCCAGAACGGAUCGUACGCUGAGUUGGCAAAACAUUUGGAAGCUGCUGAGUUCCCGGAUGAAGUGGACGGGAUUCUCGUUGAUUUCGGGGCCAAUAGCUUCCAUUUUGACGCUGCGAGACGUGGCUUUAGUGUGCUGAAUGACGGACCAUUGGACAUGAGGUUUAACCAGCGAGAUUCUACUCUACCGACCGCAGCAGAUGCAGUGAACACGCUGUCAGAAGUGCAGCUCACGAAGAUCUUCAGAGAUUACGGAGAGGAAAGACUAGCAAAGGAGUUUGCCAAGGCCAUAGUGAGGGAACGAGAGGAGAGAGGCAAAGUGUUCGAGACCACGAGAGAUCUACGUGAAUGUAUUGAACGUAUCGCGAAUAUGUGGAAAUCGGGAGACAAAACGAAGAAGAAGAAGAAGAGCAAACGCGCUAGUAAAUUGGGCAGUACACACCCCGCCACGCGUUGCUUCCAGGCUCUGCGGAUUUAUGUGAACGACGAGCUUUACCACGUUGACAAUGGCGUGAAGCAGCUCGUGAACCAUUUAGCGCCGCAUGGACGACUCGUGACCAUCGCGUUCCAUUCAUUGGAAGAUCGACCGAUUAAGGACUUUUUCCGCGAUCUAGUACGCUCUAAAUUCUAGAAAUGGACAUGUUGUAUAUUUUCUAACCUUCGUUUUACAGGACAUGAAGGGUAGAAUUGGAGACGAUGAAGAGGAUGAGUGGGAAUAUGAAGAUAUUGAUGAAGAAGAUGAAGACGAAGAGAUCAUCGAUCCAUUAAAGAACAAGCGCUUCCGCCUCCCACGUCGUAAAGCCACCAAAGCUACAGAUGAAGAGAUCGCAAUCAACUCACGCUCCCGUAGUGCACGUCUACGCUGUAUCGAGCGCAUUCUUUAAUCAAAAACACAAAGACCAUCUUGUUGUCAACAG